UUGGGGAUUUGAAGUUGUUAAAUACUAACGCAAAAUGAAGAGGCUAAGGAAUAAAAUUGGUUAAGAUGCUGAAUUUUGUGGUGUUUCUUUCCUUCCUCCUCAGCUUCCCCAUCCAUGGAAGCGCAGAGGUUUAUCCAGACCCCUUCCGUUACUGCUCCAACGCCACCUUCUCACCCAACUCCACCUACCUUUCCAAUCUUCAAAUCCUCUCUUCCACUCUCUCCUCCAAUGCUUCUCACAAUUUCUAUCACAAUUCUUCCGUAGGCCGACAGAAAUCUCCUAAUUCCACCGCUGUAUACGGCGAUUUCCAGUGCCGUGGUGAUAUCAACGCCACCGCCUGCCGACAGUGCGUGGCCACGGCCACUGCCAAUUCCACGCAGAGCUACUGCCCUCGUAGUGUAGAGGCGGUUAUUUGGUUGGACGAGUGCCUUUUGCGAUAUUCCAAUGAAUCUUUCUUUUCCAUCGUGGCUGAACGGCCGAUGUUGAUUUUGAUUAAUAACAAUGCGAUUGAGGAGGAUGAAAGUGGGUUUGAUCGGAUUGUGGGCUCUGCGUUGAACCAUACGGUUGCUAAUGCUUCUUCUGUCGAAGGGGCUUUGAAAUUUGCGACCAAGGAAGCGAAUUUCAAAGACGCGAUUGUUUACACGCUGGCUCAGUGUACAGGGGAUUUGUCCACUUCUAAUUGUGGGAAAUGUUUGAGAGGCGCUCUUCGGAAUUACCCUGGUUGUUGCAGCGGUAAAAAGGGUGGUAGAGUCUUGUCUCCCAGUUGUAUGAUUCGUUACGAGCUUUAUCCUUUUUACGGCGGCGUUUCCCCCUCUAAUGCUAUUUCCACACCCCCUGCUUCUGCCCCUGCUUCUGCCCCUGCUCUGCCUCCGCCGCCGGAAUCUUCUCCCGAUUCCAACCCUCCUACGUCUGAGCCUCCCCCUCCUCCGACGGCUUCUGUGCCAGCUCCGCCUCCUCCGUUGUCCUCUUCCCCUCCCGCUCCGGCACCCUCUACAGCCUCUCCUCCUCUGCUUUCAGGAAACGGGAGAGCGACGGUGGGUAUGGUGAUGGGCAUAGUUGUUGCAGGCUUUCUCCUGUGGAGUUCCAGCAGCAGCAGCCCUGCAGCUGCUCAGCCAAGUAUCAGUUGUUCAAGCGACAAUGGCAAUUACACAGCCAACAGCACCUACAGAGCCAAUCUCCACCACAUCCUCUCUUCCCUCCCGACCGACAACCGCCUGGACGAAGGCUUCCUCAACACCUCCUAUGGACAAAGCCCCGACCGAGUCAAUACCAUCGCCCUCUGCAGAGGAGACCUUAGCCCAGAGCUCUGUCGCAGUUGCAUCAGCGACUCUGUUUUGGACCUUCCCGAACAAUGUCCCAAUCAAAAGGAAGCUGUAAUUUGGUACCCCAAUUGCAUGUUUCGCUAUUCGGAUCGACGGAUUGUUGGGGUUUUGCGAGAUACUCCUGCUUUUUGGAUGUGGAACAUUCAAGAUGCGGUGGACCUGCAAGGGUUCAGCCUGGUGGUACAGGGGCUGCUGAGUGAGCUCGCAAAGGAGGCUGCUUCAGGGGAUUCUAAGCUCAAAUUUGCUGCUGGGAAUGUCAGCACUUUGAACGAGGAUUAUUUGAAUGUUUAUGGGAUGAUGCAGUGCACGCCAGAUAUUUCACAGGCACAGUGCCUUGAUUGCUUGCAAGUUGUUGCUGGCGUUGUUCAAACAUGGUGUCCAGGGAAGAUUGGAGCCAGAAUUAUUAGACCCAAUUGUUUUCUUAGGUAUGAGAUUGUCAGUUUCUUUACCUCUACAGCCGUUUCAAGAGUUUCCCAGUCGCCCCCGCCGCCGACACCGCCAUCACCUCCCUCCCUUUCACCAAAUACAACCACCAAUGCAGCAGGAAACGAGUCCGAGAGCUUAAAGACUGUCAUCAUAAUAGUUGUUCCAAUGGUUGUGGUUCUUGUAUUUAUGGCAUUAAUUGUCAGCAUCUUCAUGUUUCUAAGAGCAAGAAAACAAAGGGUUAAUGGAAUUGCAAGUUUAGAACUGGAUGACACUGCAGAUCUGGAAACUUUGGUGUUUGAUAUCAGUACUAUAAGAACUGCAACAGAUAACUUCUCAGAAGCAAAUACUAUUGGACAAGGUGGAUUUGGAGCUGUUUACAAGGGAAGCCUUGUCAAUGGGCAAGAUAUAGCAGUGAAAAGGCUCUCCCAGAACUCCAUGCAAGGACAAAGUGAGUUCAAGAAUGAAGUCCUGUUAGUGGCUAAACUACAGCACAGGAAUUUAGUUCGGCUUCUCGGCUUCUGUCUCCACGAACACGAAAGGCUUUUAGUGUUUGAGUUUGUGAAGAACUCAAGUCUUGAUAAAUUCAUAUUUGAUCCGUUAAGAAGUCAAGAUUUGGACUGGAAUGCGCGUUACAAGAUCAUUGGAGGCGUUGCUAGGGGUCUUGUUUAUCUUCAUGAAGAUUCUCAAAUUAAAAUCGUUCAUCGAGAUCUCAAACCUGCUAAUAUUUUGUUAGACGCAGAAAUGAAUCCAAAAAUUUCAGAUUUUGGUAUGGCAAGAUUGUUUCUACCCGAUCAAACACGAGGAGAUACAAGUAGAAUUGUUGGAACUCAGGGAUACAUGGCUCCGGAGUAUGCAAUGUAUGGAAAGUUUUCAAACAAGUUGGACGUGUUUAGCUUCGGUGUGUUAGUCUUGGAGAUUGUGAGCGGCCAGAAAAACAGCUCUUUCCAUCCGGAAGAUAACAUACAUGAUCUUAUAAGCUACGCAUGGAAGAACUGGAGGGCAGGAACAGCGUUGAAUGUUGUAGAUCCCAUUUUGAGAAGUGGGUCAGUUGGUGAAAUGAAGAAAUGUAUUCAUAUUGGGUUGCUUUGUGCUCAAGAAGAUUCAGCUGAUAGGCCAACUAUGGACACUGUUCUUCUCAUGCUUAAUAGUGACACAAUCACUCUCCCAAUACUUUCUCCACCAGCUGAUUUCAUGAGUAGGAGCCUCACAUCAGACAUGUCUGGUUCCCAUGUGAUAGCCAUGGAAUGA